GUAGACUACGUGUCUUUUAACGGGUUGAAUUUUAUUAAAUUUGUUUAUAUUUUAACAUUUUAAAAAGAAAACCUAAUUUUUGGGUCAACGGGUUUAUUAGAUUUGGCGAAUUCGGUUGGGUUGUUCUGGAAUUGUGUGUUUUAAGAAAACCCAGACUUUUUUCUGGGAAAUAUUGGGGAUUUUCUUUCGGAAUUUUUGGGUGAACAACGAAGAAGAGAAUGGCGGAACAAGGUGGCUUGGAAGGGAGCCAACCAGUGGAUCUUUCUAAGCAUCCAUCUGGCAUUGUUCCUACUCUUCAAAACAUUGUAUCAACUGUAAACUUAGAUUGCAAGUUGGAUCUUAAGCAGAUUGCACUGCAAGCUCGAAACGCCGAGUAUAAUCCGAAGCGUUUUGCUGCAGUCAUUAUGAGAAUCAGGGAGCCCAAAACUACAGCUUUGAUUUUUGCCUCUGGAAAGAUGGUCUGCACUGGUGCAAAAAGCGAACAGCAAUCUAAACUGGCUGCAAGGAAGUAUGCCAGAAUUAUCCAAAAGCUUGGUUUUCCUGCUAAGUUUAAGGACUUCAAGAUUCAGAACAUUGUUGGUUCUUGUGAUGUUAAAUUUCCUAUCAGACUUGAAGGUCUUGCAUACUCCCAUGGUGCCUUUUCAAGUUAUGAACCAGAACUCUUUCCGGGCCUGAUCUAUCGUAUGAAACAACCAAAGAUUGUGCUUCUUAUUUUUGUGUCAGGGAAGAUUGUGAUCACUGGAGCUAAGGUUAGAGAUGAGACAUACACAGCCUUUGAGAACAUAUAUCCUGUCCUUACAGAGUUCCGGAAAAACCAACAAUGGUAAGAUACUACAUCCUCUCUCCUCCCUUUGAGGUGAUUGAAUCUUAUUGUUUUUCCGUUCGUCUCAGAAGAAUGUUGCGGACCUCGCCUCUGUCUGAUCUUUAAGUUUGGUGGCAAAUAAUAAACCUUUGAAUGGGACAUGUCUUUUCAGAGUUACAGCCUUCACCAACUCGGUUGUGGAUACUAGGUUUUCCUAUUCCCUGGUUUUCAGGAGUUCGAUUUCAAUUAUGAAUAUAUAAUGAACAGGGAUUUGCAAGUUUCGGGAAUCUGGUCCGUUGGAUCGGCACCAGCUCUUUCGGAUGUGGUUUUCAUAUCGGGUUUUCUUCCCCCCCCAAAAGUAAGUAUGGUGCUUAAAUGCUAGGUAAUAUCCUGCAUGUAAUUAGUAAUUUAGUAAGGGAAAAAAACUGAAAAAGG